AUGCUGCUGGACGUGUCGCCACGCGAGGCGUCGGUCCUGCUGGUCUUCCUGGCCGCGCUGGCCACCGCGUGGACCGCCAACGCCAACGGCUUCGUGUGGGACGACCGCUCCGCCGUGCUGGCCAACGCGGACGCGCAGAGCAGCGGCCUGCUCGACGUCUGGAGCCACGACUUCUGGGGCACGCACAUCCGCUCCGCGCACAGCCACAAGAGCUACCGCCCGCUGACGGUUCUCAGCUUCCGGCUCAAUUUCCUGCUCGCCGGGGGCCACAGCGCCUGGUUCUACCACUGCACCAACGCCCUGGUGCACGCCGCGUGCUCGGUGCUCGUGUGGAAGGUGGCGGACGAGCUGUUCUGGCAACACAAGCGCCGUCUGGGCGAGGAGGAGAAGGUCACAGAGAACCCGCAAGAUGCCUCACCCAUGGCGGCUAACGGGAGGGAGAAGGCGGAACAUGAUGGAGAAGGUUGCAGCCUCGUGGGCUCCGUGACGGCGGGGCUGCUCUUUGCAGUGCACCCGAUCCACUGCGAUGCAGUCGCGAGCAUUGUCGGACGAGCGGACUUGUUGUGCACCUCGUUGUGCCUAUUGGCGUUCCUGGUGUAUGCUAGAGGGGCGGGAGAAGGUGACACGAAGUGGGGGGAUGUGGCGUUGGCACUCGUGCUGACGGUCGCGGCUGGGUUGUGCAAAGAGCUCGGAUUCACGAACUUCGCGCUGCUGGUGGUGUACGACCUGCUGAGGAUCCACCACUACCGGAGUGUUGUAAGAGGAGUGCAAUCGAUGAAGUGGAGAAUUGGCGUGACGGUGGGAGUGGGGAUUCUGGCGGCGUUGGUGCGGGUGUGGGUCAACGGGGAGCAUCGUCAGAUGGAGUGGAAUAUCCUCGCGAACAAUGUCGUGGUUCAGGAAAGCAGGCUGACAAGGACGUUGUCCUAUGCGCAUCUGCACGCGUGGUACCUGUGGAAACUGGUGUGGCCGAGGUGGCUUUCGUUUGACUACGGUUACAACACUAUCCCAGUGAUCGAGGGUGUGGCUGACCCACGCAACGUCUACACAUUGCUCGCGUACGCGGUAGUCUUAAUUGGUUUACGCAGCGCUAUGCUACAGUUGUGGGGAUCUAGUAAGACCUCGCCUUCGUCGCUAUUGAUGAUGAGUAUCGCGUUUGGGGUGGUCCCGUUCAUCCCAGCCUCAAACAUUAUUUUCCCAGUCGGAACAGUGGUGGCUGAGAGACUGCUCUACUUCCCGAGCGUCGGAUUUUGCCUUCUUGUCGGUCAUCUCCGCAAUGCUGACUGGGUUAGCGAGGAGAGCCUCUUCAAAGAAGCUGUGAAAGUGCUGCCAACUAACGUGAAAGUCCUCUCCAACGAGGCUAAGAACCUGCUAAACCCAGAUCCGGCCAAAGCUCUCGACUACUUGCGAGUCGCGAUGGGAAUGAUACCGAAGCAUAUCGAGAGUCAGACGAACGCUGGGCUUGCGUUUGUUACUCUGGCAUCCAGGAACAAUCACGACGAAGAUCUCUUCUUACACGGAGUACGCCACCUCUACAAGGCUACGAUGCUUGCCCCCAACCACUUCCAAGCUCCGGGGUUUAUCGGUGGUGAGAUUCACUCUCAUUGGAUGAAGACGCACCUACCGCUCGGGGAGCCGUCCCUCGAGGAUUAUCUGGGCAGUGAGUCGGUUGCAAUUGCUACAAAGUUCCUCGACCACGCUAUCGACCGUCAGAGUAUAUAUCCCACCCACUUCUACCAUCGAGGUAACAUCGCGUUCGAAAGCGGAGAUCUUGACGCAGCCAUCAGCUUCUUCCACUUGACAGAGGUAGCAAACGGAGUGAUUCGCGACCGAAAAGUGGACCCCGAGCUACUCGUCGAAGCUUCAGUCAUUUACAACAUGCUGGGAGUGUGCUACAAGAAGAAAGGAGAGGUGGAUACGGCCUUGGACCUGUUGCGGAAGGGUAUUGCGUUGUACCCCGAGGAGACGGAUCUCCACGUCAAUGCGGCUUUGAUCCUGCUGUAUGAAGGGAAGCCAAUGGAAGCGGAUGCCCAACUCAAGGCAGGGUUGAUCGCUGCAACACAGCCUGGGCAUAUCCAAAAGCUUCGCACCAUCGUGAACAUGCUGAAAGAGUCAAAAAUGGAUACGGCGGUCGAGGUGGUGUUGGAUCGGGUGGCAGCUCUUGAGCGACAAUUUUCGAGCAACUAA